AUGGGUUUCGGUCGAUUUCUUUGCGUCGGUGUGCCAUUUGGCUUAACCCUCGCCAGUUUAGUUUGUCUUCUGAUCGCAUCCCUCGCUGGCGUUACAGACAAGUCUCUCGAUAUCUUCGUCGUCAACACAACCAACCUCUCUAUUUCCUCCUCGAAACUCCUCAGCCUCGAGAACUCUUUCCGCAAACGUGGUCUUGCAGAUCUCACCGUCGCCGCCUUGACUCCUUCUACUACCUCUGAGAAGAACACUGUCGAAUCUGCUAUUGCUUCAAUCACCGGAACUAAUUCAGCAACCAACAUCACGGCCGCAGACUUGGAUUUGGCGGAUAGUUACAAGGUUAGUCUUUGGGGUUAUUGCGCUAUCACUGGCAAGAACACCACAUGCACCAAGGCGAAAUUCAACUGGGCCGCCACUUCUCUCAACACUAGUACCAUCGACACUCUUGCUUCUGCGACAGGUGUCAAUGCCACUCUCCCAAGCGAUGUCAGACAUGCUUUGAAGACCUUUACCGCAAUAUCAAAAUGGACACAAGUAGUAUACAUCAUCGCCUUGAUCGCCACAGCAUUGGAACUCUUCCUUGGUAUCUUCGCCAUGUGUUCUAGAGCCGCCUCAUGCGUUACAUACAUGAUCUCUGGUUUCAGCACCGCCGCUGUCAUUGCCGCAUCUAUCUUGGCUACCGUCCUCUCUUCCGUCACAGUCGGUUCCAUCAAAACAGCCGCCAAAGCAUAUGGAAUCGAAGCUUCUAUCGAUACCCAUUUCCUCGCCGUUACAUGGCUCGCUGUUGCCUUCAGCAUCGCAAGCAGUUUCUUCUGGGUCUUCACUAUCUGUUGUUGCGCAUCUGAGCACAACAGCAGCAAGAAGAACAGACGCAGCGUCAAUGAUCAAGAGAAGUUGAUCCCACAAACUAUGGCUUAUCAGAAGAUUGAUGGGCCAGAAACUGCAUAUGGUGGUCAACAACACGGUAUCUACCAUCAGCAACAACAUCAUCAACCAACGCGCACUGGUGCUUAUGAGCCUUAUUCUCACGGUGCUAUCUAA